AUGGGUAUGAUUGCACGGGCGGGGUUGCUGGACGGCGAUCCUGGAGGCUGGCAGCAGCGUCGGUCGCGGGCCGAGCGCACGGCCGCGCGGCGGCGGGCGCUGGAGGCUGCCGACAACGGCCUGGCUGCGGCCAGGGCCGAGAGCGACGCGGCGCAGCGUGAGCUGUGCGCGGUGCGGAAGUGCUUCGAGGCCGUCGUCGGCGACGCGGAGAUAGCCGACCGCAUCGCCGCCCUCGCGCCAGCCCUGAGCGCUCUGCUGCGGGGGGAGGCGCCUUCGGCCGAGGAGGUGCUACGGCGCAUCGUGGCGCUUCAUGCGGAUGCCCCUGAGGGAGUGUCCAUCGCUACAGCGCCAUGCGAGGACUUGCGCCGCCUGCAGAAGAGCGACCGCCUGGAAGGCCGCCAGUUCGGGGAGGGGCGGUUUGGAGACGCGACGGACUUGGACAUCUCUGUGGAGAUCUGCGUCGCUGAGCCUGCCACAUUCGGAGCUGGAGGCCUUUGCGAAGCAGAUGAUUUCCUGGAUGAGCUGGCGCCCGCUGCCUUCGAAGCCUGGAAUGCCGUUUCCGCCCCGCCCGAGACGCUGUCCUCGGAUGGUGGCGAUGAGGUGGCUGCGGCCAUCGACGCCUGGGAUCCAGGUGCCGCUCCGCCCGAGACGCG